AGCGUUCCCGGAAGUCUCGCGAUGUUGCGCCUCUGGGCUGAGAAACUCAUUACUCUGUUGGCCGACUAGCAUGUACUGAACUGCAAAUGUACUGUACUUAACUGCAAAUGUUUGAUUAAGAUGUUGGCAUAUUCAGUCCUGUGAUGUUUAACGAAGACCGAGGGAUUAUUUUUAAGUGUAAAACAGGAAGCGGACGACUGGCAAGCUGGUAACGUUACAGUACAGGUGUCCUGCUGCAAUGUCAAGGCGGAGCAGGAACAGCCGGGCAUGGCGUUACGUAUGGAGUGGAAUACGGCGAGACGCUGAUUCCCGAGUGCAGGUACUGGCCUCAGAGAGUCAGGAGUGGGGCUACGAACGCUUACAGUACAGUGACUCAGACUCUGAGCCAGACUACCGGCUCGUGGUGCCACCGGUCCCCAGUGCCGUGCCCGUUACCGGAGAGUCGUACUGCACCUGCGACUCCCAGGCAGAGCCCAGCUGCAACCCACGUCUCCGGGGCUUCCACCGCAUCAAAGACUGCCACUGUGGAGAGGAAGACCAGGACUUCGACUGGGUGUGGGACGACAGUAACCGCUCCACGGCCACGUUGAUGACCUGCGACAACCGCAAAGUCAACUUCCACACAGAGUACAGCUGUGGCACAGCGGCCAUCAGAGGUUCCAAGGAGCUGGCAGAUGGCCAGCACUUCUGGGAGAUCAAGAUGACAUCACCAGUGUACGGGACAGACAUGAUGGUAGGCAUCGGAACCUGUGACGUGAACCUGGAUAAGUACAGACAUACCUUCUGCAGCCUGUUGGGGAAAGAUGAUGACAGCUGGGGUCUCUCCUACACUGGUCUGUUGCAUCAUAAAGGAGACAAGGUGAACUUCUCCUCACGUUUCGGCCAGGGCUCAAUCAUCGGAGUGCACCUGGACACAUGGCACGGAACACUCACCUUCUUUAAGAACCGCAAGUGCAUAGGCGUGGCGGCUACGGCGCUACAGAACAAGCGUUUCUACCCCAUGGUGUGUUCCACAGCAGCCAAGAGCAGCAUGAAGAUGAUCCGAUCCUGCUUCACGCCCACUUCCCUGCAGUACCUGUGCUGUGCCCGCCUCCGUCAGCUCCUCCCUGAGUGCCCAGACACCCUGAGCGUCCUGCCGCUGCCCCCUGGCCUGCGCCACCUGCUGCACAAUAAGCUGGGCUGGGUCCUCAGCCUCAACAACGGCCUCCUGGGGGCCCCAGAGGGGGAAGAAGGGAGUGUGGGGGGCUUGGGGUCUGACUCAACCCCUACGCCCCCCUUGGCCGGGGCCUUGUCCUCUGAAAGCGAUGACUCUGAGGGGUGUUCGUCGGACCCUGAGGCAUGUCAGAGGAAGAGAUGUCGUUGGACGUGACGGGAAUCCGACGUGACCCCCAAUGUAAACACAUGGGGUGUGUCCUAAAUGACACCCUAUAGUGCACUACUGGCCAAAGGCCCAUAGGACUCUUUGUCAAUAGGGUGCCAUUUGGAUUCAGCCAUGAACUGGACUGAAUCCCUGCCCCCUCCCUGAGACACACUCAAGUUAUAAUCCCUUACACACAUACGCACGCACACACGUUAUCGUUAAUGGGUGAACCCAGGACCUGGGGACAGUGUUGUGGAAACAUUUUAAUCAAGAUAUGCAACAAGAAGAAUGACAUGGAAUCAAUGAAAAGAGACCAAGUGCAGAAUUAUGUGAAUUGUCACCAUGCUUCUUCCUUGUCUAUGAAAAGCUGGUUGGAUUGCUAUAGGAGUGGCCCGUAAAGGCCAUAUUUUAAGCUUCUGUUUUAGCUGACCGAAGAACGAAAGUUGAGUUGUCAAAAUGUCGUCUCCGGGACAUUUACUUGUUACAUUUAUAUGUUCUUGCUCUGCAGGUAAUACACAGUUCAAGUAAUCAGUUUGACAGUUGUGAAACAAAGUUAUUUUGUUGUUAAUCAACACAUUUGUUUCGGAGCAGGAGCAAACUUUUAUUCUUUCUUUUAUUUAGAUCAGCUUGACAAUGUAUUCCCCUGAAUUAUUUUUGUCAUAUCGACACAACUUUUUUAUUUAUUUUUGUAACACGUUUUAGGGGGGGUUCUGAUUCAUUUUUCACUCAAUACUGCUGUCGUAUUAGAUAUUGGUUGGGGGAGUGAUGACUGUUAUACACACCCUCUAUGUUGAACUGUGAGUAGUCAUGCACCGUUCUUAUACCGACCUCCCUGUUAUGCUCUACUUCUGCUUGAUGGUAGUCUGUUAGUCACACAGACAUUUGCUUUAGUUGUCACCCCUGUGCAUCCAAUGGUUGGGUUGCAGACAGUUUACUGAAUAAAGAAGGCAAAGGGGGUAGAAAAGGGGUGUCCACAUAUUAUAAUAAAUAUAUGUGUAUUUUUCAGUGUACAAUGUUUAUUUUAUGCAUCAAAACACUUGUGUAUACCGUGCAUUUGGAAACUAUUCAGACCCCUUGACUUUUUCCACAUUUUAUUACAUUAGCCUUAUUCUAAAAUUGAUUCAAUUGUUAUUUGUUCUCAUCAAUCUAUACACAAUACCCCAUAAUGACAAAGCAAAACCAGGUUUAUAUAAAUGUUAACUUAAAAAAUGUUUUUUUUAUAAAUUUGCUAUCACAUUUACGUAAGUAUUCAGAUAAGGUUUUCAUCAAGGAUCACACUAUACUUUGCUUAGUUUCUUUCCCUCAAUUCUGACUACUCUCCCAGUCCCUGCCGCUGAAAAACAUCCCUCCAGAAUGCUGCCACCAUACAUAAAGGCCUGAUUGGUGGAGUGCUGCAGAGAUGGUUGUCCUUCUGGAAGGUUAUCCAAUCUCCACAGAGGAACUCUUGAGCUCUAUCAGGGUUCUUGGGUCUUGGUGGUUCCAAACUUCUUCCAUUUAAGAAUGGAGGCCACUGUGUUCUUGGGGACCUUCAAUGCUGCAGAAAUGUUUUGGUUACCCUUCCCCAGAUCUGUGCCUCGACACAAUCCUGUCUUGGAAUUCGACGGACAAUUCCUUCGACCUCAUGGUUUUUGCUCUGAUCUGCACUGUCAACUGUGGGACCUUUAUAUAUACAGGUGUGUGCCUUUCCAAAUCAUGUCCAAUCCACAGGUGGACUCCAAUCAAGUUGUAGAAACAUCUCAAAGAUGAGAUCAAUGGAAACGGGAUGCACCUGAGCUCAAUUUCGAGUCUCCUAGCAUAGGGUCUGAAUACUCAUGUAUAAGGUAUUUGUUUUUUUAUUUUGAAUACAUUUGCUAAAAUUUCUAAAGCAACUCUGUAAUGUUACAAACUGUGGAAAAAGUGAAGGAGUCUAAAUACUUUCCCAAUGCACUGUAUAAACGGGAUAUAUAAAUGGAUCUUCUAUGCUAUGUAAUGUUCAUACUGUAUGUGUAGGCCUUUAUUCUUAUCUUGAUCUCUGUCAAUCUUUCUCUCCAAUAAUGUAUAUCUAAAGCAUGGCCUUUGACUGAAACUAAUAUGAAUAGGUGAAAUAUGCACAGAACUAUCGCUGUAUUGGCAAGUUUUUUUUUUUGGUCAAAUUAUCUGUGCUUUUUGCCUUUUUCCCCCCUGGUUCCAGCAAAUGUUUAAUCUUUAAUAAUAAUUUACAUUCAGUAUUCUCUGCUAGGUUGCAAUAACAAUAUAAAUCUUAUGUUUGCACACCAAUGUUCCUCCCAAGAACUAAGGAUUAAGUAAGUAAUGUUUGCUGGUCUAAAGAACCUACAAUGGCACAAUGCAAAUACCUUGGCAUAUCAACAUCAAAUAAAAUACAAAUCAACCUUU